UCGUCGGAUGCUACCAAGCAAUACACAUUCAGCAAUGUGCCGGAGCUUAUACAGAGCUAUAGUAUCACCAACAAUGGGCUGUGCUGCCCUCUACGACAUGCUUCUGAGGCACCCAAAGUGGAAACUGAGGAGGAACAGGACACAGAUGAUGAGCCUCCAAUGUCUGAAGAUGACGAAACCGACGCCCUCUCCCUGGCCUCGCCCUGUGACAUCGCCCUACACGUCUUGCGGUCCCGCCUGGAGCAUCUAGACCAGGCGUCCUUGGACAACCAGUUCCUGGAGCGUCUACGGGAGUACAUGGGCAGCAAGGCCAGGCAGGAUUUCGAGGACAUCAAGGCUGGGGCUACAACGGCAAUUCAUCUGAGGCAGCUGGUUCUGGCCUCGGCGAAAGACUUGACGAGGCAGCUGGAUUUAUUCCUCGCCAAGAUUGCGGCGUUGCAGCAACUCUUUGAACUUUCCUCGAUCCCCAGCCAGACAAACCUAGCAGAUGAGGCCACUAAGACAGGCAGUGAUUUGAAGCUGCUGUUCAGCCAGCUGGGAGAAUGUCAGGCCAGGGUCACGUCCUUAGAAAACAAGGCUGUGGCCACCUUCUUGGAGCUCAGCAAGGCCUCGGUUCGAAUCCCCACCACCCCAUCCAAGCAGGAGCAGGAACUGCCCAGCAUUCCGGACUCCGAGCCCGACCCCUUCAUGGAGGGUGCCGAUACCGCCUACAUGUUGGGUCCGGACACCACAUACAUGGGGGGUCCGGACUCCACCUACAUGGGGGGUCCAGACUCCACCUACAUGGGGGGUCUGACCACCAGCAACGGGAUGGACACGCUGAAACCCCAGCAACUCCCUAACUUGACCAUGUCACCCACGGCAUUCGAGGUCAAAGUUGAAGGGCUGACGGUUGACGCCCUGAAAAACACAAAAGUCAAACUGACAGUUGACGUUUCCCACGGCAACCUGUCGAUAAUGAAGCAUUUUGGGAAGGAUAUGAAAGAGGAGAUGACGUCUUACACGCACGACAACAUUAUGCAGCUGAUCAAAUCAAGAGGCACAAACACCAAACUCCAAAUUCGAUUUUCCAACGGCAAGAAGAAAGAGUACAGCUUUGAAGACGCCAAGAGGAGGGAGACGUUUUGCCAACUGAUCCAGUACAUGAAGGUGACCCAUUCCAACAGCAAAGAGGUGGACCAGAUUACGAUUUUCAUCGGCACAUGGAACAUGGGUGCGGCCGUGCCACCCCCCAACAUUACCUCCUGGAUGACGUGCCAAGGCGUAGGCAAGACGAGAGACCUGAGCCUGGCAGCUAUGACCCAUGACAUCUACGUCAUCGGCACGCAGGAAUUCAAGAGCGCCGCCAUCAGCGACAAGGAUUGGAUCGCCCGGGUCAAGGCGGAGAUCAGUAAGCUGAACGGAGUCGGCAAGAAGGAGUAUGUCACGGUUGCCAUGACGUCAUUAUGGGGUCUGAGGCUAGCCGUCCUAGUCAACCCAGACCACGAGCAUCAGAUCAGCCACGUCAGGGAUUCCUUCGUCAGAACGGGCAUCGCAAACACUCUGGGCAACAAAGGGGCGGUGGGCGUGUCCUUCCUCUUCAGCGGUACCUCCUUUUGUUUCAUCAACGCACAUCUUACCUCAGGAACUGAAAAAUGUACAAGACGCAACAACAACUACCACGACAUCCUUCGCGGCUUGUCGCUGAGCUCCAAGGGACUUAGUGUCUUUGAUCUGACCAAUCAGUUUCACCAUCUCUUCUUCCUCGGCGACCUCAACUAUCGCAUCGAGUGGAACGUUCCUGAAAUUCUUGAGAACAUUAAACACAAGAACUAUGCCGUCCUGUUUGAGCACGAGCAGUUGAAGCGGGAAAAGGACAAGAACAAAAUCUUCGUAGAUUUCGAUGAAGAAGAUAUCAGUUUUCCCCCAACCUACCGGUACAAGCUUGGCAAUCGAGACACCUACGACUACAAGAAAAUUAAGAAGACCAUGGUGCGCAUUAAUGAGCCAUCGUGGUGUGACAGGGUGAUAUGGAGGUCCUAUCCAGGCACGCACAUUGUCAACACAUCCUACGGCUGUACUAUGGACAUCACAACCAGUGACCACUCACCGGUGUUUGCUACAUUUGAGGCUGGCAUAGCAGCCACUGCCGUCAUCCCGAAGGGCGGGACCACUCAGAAUGCAAGGAUUGUUUUUGUGUCGGCCAACGCCAUUAUCAACACCAGCAUGUGCGGCAUCUUCUACUUAGAGUUCUUUUCCAGUUGUCUUGAAGCUGGUUCUGCAAAGAGUGGCAUGAACAAGACCUGCUUGCAAGAACAGAUUGGAUCUAAAGUCUCCACCAUCAAGCCAUCAUGGUCCAGUGAAGAACUACCAAAGUUGAUACCUCUCCUGUCUGACUUUGACUACCUGGAAGAGCAGCACAUCCUGGUGGCCAUCAAAUCCAGCGAUAGUGAAGAAUCUUACGGAGAGUUUGUGUUGUCGUUGAAUGAUAAAAUCAGCUCUACUCCAGUGCCGUUCCAUGGCGUACUCACGCACCAGGGACACAAAACCGGAGAAAUCAGUGGUACUGUACAUGUUAAAGCCAGAGAUGAGAGUCUAUACGGAGGCUGCCGAAAAACAAAAACCUACGAGCUGGUCUUGUUUGAAGAGAAAGAGAAGGAAAAAGUAGAUUGUCUUCUCUCACCGGCAGACGCCAAAGGUAAGGGAAAGCUCAAGAGAAAUCCAUUUGCGAAGUCACCGAAUGUAGAAAGCCCGCAGACCGACAUCAGCGAUGCCUUGCUAAAUCCAGUCAGUAGACACCGACGUAUUGGUGACGCCUCGACCAAAUCUCCGCCAGAGAUUGCUUCGAUAGCAAUAAGCAAAGAGGAGGAUGGUUUAGAUGGCGCCCCUCCCCCUUUACCCCCACCCAGGAGAGGGGCGAGCCCGGUGACCCCCGACGUUGUCCCGCCCGGGGACAUGAGCUCCAGGCAGCUCCAACCUCCCAAACAGCUUUCCCUGGAGUCUAUUCUGACAUCCAACCGACCGCCACUCAGAGGGUGUUUAUCCAGUCCUGGUGAUCGCGAGAUCAGCCCAUCCCGAGCCAAGUCCCCUACGCCAGGCUCCAGGGAUGAGCACCUUCAUCGGCCGGAGCGCCGGCUACCACAGCCCCCACCGGAGAUCCAUGAUAGCCCGCCGAGAAUAGACCCAUCCUUAUGCAGCCCUCCAGUUGCUGUCCCCACGCAGCCAUCCUCGACCAGGGUACCCAGGAAGCCCCAACGUCGGCAAUCUCCGGGGAAGGUCCUGGCGCUCCGGGCCCAGUUUGAGAAGUCUAGCUCAACCGAGGACAGCCCGCCGGAGAACGCCAAGAUGUUCCCAGAGGAUGUCGGGAAGCCUCCCUUGCCUCGACGGACCGUAGAAAGCAGACCCUCAGAGGAUGUACUCAUUGAGGGGCUACCUCCACCCCUACCGGCCAAGUCUAAGACGCCACCCAAGAAUCAGAUGGUAGAUAUGGAGGAGUACGAGGUUUUACGGCGGCCGUCCACCAUCGCGGAAUGGCUGAUGAACCUUGGUCUGCCCCAGUACAGCCACCAGCUUCUGGCCAACGGUUGGGACAACGUGACGUACCUGGACUCCCUGACCAACCGGGACCUACUAGAUUGCCAGAUUGAUACGGAAGACCACAGACAUCGCAUGCUGGAUAGCGUUAGGUGCAUGCCGUCCUUAAAAUGAGGUUUUCCUGCAACUGUUUGGAUUUUUUUUUUUUGGUGAAGUGUUCUUGAACUGGAAGGUUCGAAUCUUACUCCAGUCAAUUUUUUUUCCCCCGCCCCUUUUUCUAUUAGUGUCCUGGGUUUUCUUUUGCAAAAGUAGCUGAAAUCCCUUUUUGCUGCAAUUAUACUGUUGGUUUUGGUUUUGUUUUUGGUGCUGUGUUCUGGACCUGGAGGGUUCGAAUCUAUUCCGAGGAGCAGACAUUCAUGUGGGCAGAGCCACGGUCAAACGUCUGAUAUAUCCUUGCAUGCAAAAUUUAUGCAACCUCGUGUGCCAGCCAAUCUGAGUCGACUUUAGAAACUGUGACAUCAUUUCAAUCAGAAGUGUGAAAAUGUUUUUUACUCCUUUUACUUUCCUUUAAAAAAAAAUGCAACUAUUUUUUUAUUUUUGUGCAGUGUUCAGUUCAAACCUUUAAACAGUAAAACGAUUUUUGUUUUUAUAAUGAUCAAGCUGAAAUGUUAUAAGCUCCUCAUGAUAUAGACUGAUCCGUUUGGCCCCGCCCACUAUGUAGAUGGGCGCUUCUCCAGUGCCACAAUGCAUGGCUGUGAUUGGUCGAAACAUGGCAGGGCGGAGCUUAAACGGAUCGGCAAUUGAAAGCAUGUACAGCAUACUCGUUCGGACCUAGCCAAAUUGUUUGUUAUAUCAGAAUUUUGUAUUAAGAGGAACAUCAGUCCCAUUCAUUAUGCAUAUAAAAGCACAGUCGGGACCAUGACUUUAUAUUUGUUAUAACCAGAAUUUUGUAUUAACAGAGUUUGUACUAACGAGAGUCGACUGUACAUGCUCAUGUGAGGCUCACUGCACAUUGUCUUUACAGUUUCAUUUAUUUUCAUUUUGAACCCCCUCCAUUUUUCCUGAAAAAGGACGGCUUAUUUUUUGUACUAAUGCAUAAAAAUUAAUCCAAACUAACAAAAAAAUACUUCAGUUAUCGGUUUUUGUUUUUUUCACAAGAUUUCUUGGCUUUGUGUACUAAAGCUCUUACUGUUAUCGAGAACAUGUAUGUUCCUUCUUUUUUUCUAUGCAAGAAAUUGUAUUUUUGCCAAAAACAAGCUGAAAAUUUGAAAACAUGUAAUGUUUACUGAAUAAAAUAGUGGUUUCAAUUUUGUUUACUCGUCAGAGGUACUGAAUAUAAUUUCAAAAAAAUAUGAAAAUAUUAGUAUAAUAAUGUAUAAAUUUAUAGUCAAGUGCAAGUCGACCAAGUGUACAUGUAUAAUGGGAGUGUACAACAUAUUUGUACCAACGUAUACAAAAUGUAUAUGCAUACUCAAUUAAAAAUUAUUAUGCGAACCAA